GCGGCACGUUAGUAGACGAUUGGAGGGAGCGAAACAGAACAAGUGUGAAAUAUAAUCGAGGUCAUCGGGGUGUCUUUGAAAGGUUAUCGAACGUUGUCUCCUUCAAUUUGAAAUUGGUCUCAUUCGUGCUCUGAAAUUCGUUACGAACAUGUUGCCACGAUUCCUCAAGCCUACGUUGACCGUCGCUCAACAAGGAGCGAAACGGUUAUCUACCAGUACUAGGUGCAAUGCCAAGGUCGCAGUCAUGGGUGCCAGUGGUGGAAUCGGUCAGCCGCUAUCGCUGCUCCUGAAGCAGUCACCUCUUGUAACCGAAUUAUCAUUGUACGAUAUCGUGAAUACGCCAGGUGUCGCUGCUGAUCUGUCGCACAUGGACACGGCGGCAAAAGUGAAAGGUUUUACCGGUCCGGAUCAGUUGAGGGAUUCUGUCAAGGGAGCACAGGUGUGUAUUUUAAUAUAUGUUUCAAUGAAAUAAAAUAAAAUACAGAAUAAAAUUGCGAAAUUUUAUUCACUAAACACGAACGCGUCGAUAGUGAGAGACCUUGUGCAGGCUGUGGCAGAAAUGUCUCCUAAAGCUCUCAUCGCUAUUAUAUCAAAUCCAGUUAACAGUACAGUGCCUAUUGCUAGUGAAGUUUUGCAGAAAGCUGGUGUAUAUGAUCCCAAGAGACUGUUUGGUGUAACCACUUUGGAUAUUGUCAGAUCUAACGCAUUCAUCGCCGAAGCUAAAGGUCUUGACCCACAGAAAACAUCAGUCCCAGUCGUUGGAGGACACAGUGGUAUCACUAUUAUCCCAUUAAUUUCUCAAUGCAAACCCUCAGUAUCCUUCCCAGAUGAUCAAUUGAAGGCUCUCACUGGAAGAAUCCAGGAAGCUGGUACAGAGGUUGUUAAAGCUAAGGCUGGUACAGGAUCUGCCACACUUUCUAUGGCAUAUGCUGGUGCUCGAUUUGGUAUAUCCUUGAUCAGAGCAUUGAAUGGAGAACAGGGUAUUGUAGAGUGCUCCUAUGUGAAAUCAGAUGUUACCGAGGCUAAAUACUUCUCUACGCCAAUUCUCUUGGGUAAAUCAGGAGUUGAAAAGAAUCUUGGCCUUGGUAAACUGACAAAUUUCAAUCAGCUAUUUCUUCCUGCUAAUUUACCAGUCGACUUGAAGAAAAAGGACGAGAAAUGGAAUGAACAAGAACAGGAAACCAAAUUCGAGAUAAUCAACGAGAAAAAUCCUGAAGAUUUCAGCAGAAGUCCCAGCAUGAGCAACUGGAGAGAAUGCACUGCUAACUUAAAUAUGUAUCGGAAACUUUUUGCAAAAUGGAUGUCGAAGAGAUGUCGAUGUCGAACCACCUUGAAAUUCAACAACGAAGAGGAAGCAGAAAUGCAACGAGAACCUGCAGCUUCAGUAACUGUAGCUGAUUUGCUACCAGUCGAAAAGAAAAACGUUCAGAAUUGCUUCUAUUCCAACUCGACGAUCACAAAGAUGCCUUCUUGA